AUGUCUCGUCUUUCUCAGAUUCUCCUUAUCGCCAUCGCUGUCCUUGUGAUUGCCUCUACCAGCGCGUUCACCCCCGAUGCUGCUUUCAAGAUGAAGACCAUGUUGGGAAAUGGUCAGACUACAGCAUCGGAUGCCAAUGGCAAGCGAGGCCUGGUGGUACCCCCACAGCCCCUUUCCUCUCGAAACUUGCAACUCUCCUUGAUUGGACAAGAGAACAUUCGCAAAUCCAUCACUGUCCCUCCGGCCUAUGAAGACUACAUGGCCGUCAGACAGCAUGCUCUGCUUCGAUUGCUACAGCGCAACGAUUAA